AGCAUGUAGGUAUGCGUUGUACCGUCGCGAGACCUCGUCUCUCGGCACCAGACAUGAGCAUCCUUUCCUUCGCGCGCCAUGCAGGCCGAUGAUCAACGUCGCCACCGCCCGAGAGAGUCGUCAGGUGUGUUAUGUAUGCGUCCCGCCUCGCCAUUUCUCGGGCGGGUUAGGCGGUCGAUCCCGUCUGAAACCUGGACAUGCCUGUGCACACACACACACACACACACACACACACACACACACCCGUGAGACUAUAUAUAUAUAUAUACACGACGUAGUGCGUAGCUAAGGGUUCGUUAUAUGAAUGAACAGGCAGAAUACUCCCCCUCUCUAAAAUGGGCAGAGCCGUUUAUUGAGACGACAGCCGCAUCUCGCAUGGUCCGCAGCGCAGGUGAUUCGGUGCGACGAAAAUCUCCGAGAGCGAAAGAGUUGCUGCUUUUUGUUACUGCCGGGUGUCAUCACACAAUAUGGGUGUGCCUAACAUGUGUCUACGACGGCGGGAGGGAUGCGCGCGCAAUACUACGCACGGCACCACGAAGCCACCACACGACAGGGAAUCGUGGGGGGGGGGGGCGGGGAGUUGUCACACCUCGACGACUCCUCUACGUUCUGUAUUCCCGCCUAACCCCCAAGAAAAUCAGUCUACAGGCCAUGCGACCCCAGAUUUUCCGGUUUCCCAGCGCAUGUGUGGGUGUGGUAGGGAAUGUCACUCCACCGGGGAGACGCCCGAGGCGAGUGGACAGAUCCCGGAUAGGAUCUAGCCUUGUUCCAUUAUUUUCCCGGAAGUUUGCUGCCUCUCUGCCUUUUUUUUUUGUCUGCGGGUGCGUGAAGCGCCGGUGCGGCACGCCUGAGAUGAGUGCAGGGAUGAAACGGCCACUUGGCAGGAACAACAACGACCAGUCGCGUAAUAUUAGCGGGAUAAUCAGAUAACGCACAGUUAUGGGAACGAUGCGUGUUCGAGGGAUGAGGGAUGGUAUUGGCUGGGCGCCGCAUCGCGGAUUUGUCCGGAGCACCAGCUCGUCGAUCGCCAGCUCGUGAAAGACCUUCUUCGUGACGUCAGCGACAGAGGAAACACCAGAGUCUAUCCGGCCGACGAAUCGCCCGACAGCGCGCACUCAGCGCUACGGCCGCACCGCCGUCUCCUCCCAGGUCGUCUGCUCUUGA